AUAUAUAUAUAUAUAUAUUAUCAAAAAAGAAAAAAAAUAUUUUGCAUUAACUCCUUUUUUCUCCUAAUUUGGUGGCACUUUUUUGGUCUGAUAUCAUUAAGAUAAGGUUAUUUUAGAAUAAAAAGUUAAGUAAAUUGUUCAACAGGUGUAGAUACCUGAGUGUGUCAGAAGGUUGUGUUGCUGCAUAGUGUGAUAGAUUGAGUUUUGAUUUGCCAGUGUGAGGGCACUUGUGCACCUUAAAGUUUGACUGAGUAUCAACGUGCUGGUGUUUUGUGAUGGUUAGCUGGUGGAAUAUUGUUUGAUGUUGCCAGCAUAGAUAAAAUUGAGAAAAGAACAAACAGCAUGGUAGCUCUUUUUUUAAUUCUUGUGUAUACAAGGACACUCGAAUCCAAGUCCAUUAGGGGAUGAUGGUCACAGUAUGCUAAUUGAUCUAUAUGGCUCAUUGGCACAGAUGUCAGUUUCUCGGUGCUGGUAAACUCACAUAUAUAAAAUGCAUAGUUAAAUUGUUUGUUUGGAAACAAUUGGCACACAAACCUAAGACAUGUCAAAAUCUGACAAUGACCAUGUUAGGACACAUAUACUUGUCAUGAUCUUAAUAUGAUGGAUUCCUUUAGUUGUGGCGCAGUUUCAGUCUGAUACCUUGACCCUACCCUAUUAUUGACCUUGGCUGUUUCGAAGACCUCUAAAAUGGGAAUAUCCGUGUGGUUUUUCUGUGCACCUGUUGUCAAUUAAAUGGACUGCAUAAACCUCCAUGACUAUGAGCGGAAGUGGUGCUACUGCUUGUAUCAUCCAGGAAAAAAAUUAGAUGUGGGCAUCCUUGUACUUUUUUGUUAUUGUCAUCUGCUGCUAUCAUUAUAAUUUCUACCUAUAUUGCUGUUGUUAUUAAUAUACCUGCUAUUCUGGCGCAUGACUCACAUGGGUGUGGUGAGCUUGGUUGUCUUCUUAUGCUCAGCUAUCAAAUGGCACCUGGAACAGUUUUGGUACUCUAUCAGCAAUCCUGCAGAGUUUGUUGCAAAAUAUUCUUCCUGGGUUUGCUGCUUUUGUGGUGGGCUUCGGAGUUCCUUAUGGCUUCAGUUUAAGCCCCAUCACAUUGCCGCUGGUGCUGCCUAUCUAGCUGCCAAGCUUCUAAAUUUUGAUCUUGCUUUUUACCAGAAUAUCUGGCAGGAGUUUGAAACAACACCAGCUAUUCUCCAAGAUAUAUCACAGCAGCUGAUGGAGCUCUUCUACUGAAAUAGCGUAGUUGUUCCAGCAUGGUUCACCCUCGAGGGUGAUGCAGUUUAGGUGUUGAAAGUAUAGCAAGUCAGAAUAAUAUGCGUGUUAAUAUGGUUACAAAGAUCAUCAAUAUUGAUUACAGUGUGAGAAUGUCAUGCAAGAGAGGUGAAAAGAGAUGCUCAUUUCAAAAAAUUACGUGUUGAAGUACAGGUUAAAUGGAUCUGUAGUUCAUCGUGUAUGUCAAGAGUGUCAGUCUAAUUGAAUGACAAAUUAGCUGAAAGCUUAAACUUGGAAAGGUGUCCGUUGCCACUUUAAUUUAUGCCCGAGGUUUCAAUAGAUUCCUCUUGGUGAGAGAAAUACACGCCACCAAAGCAAGAUUGGAGUUGGUAGAGUGCAAAAUGAAGGUCUGUUCUGAAUCUUUGCUUUAAACACGCCACCAAAGCUUCCAGGUGGGUUGCAGUGCAAAUAUGAAACAUGCUUUUGAUACUUGAGUUGACCAUUGUUGCAGUGAUUAUAAAAGGCUGAUCGAUUUUGGUAUUAUGGCUAAAAUAAAGAAAAAGGUUGAAUAUAAGGGUGUUUGCUCCACUAAUUUUGGUUAAAUACAAUAGGAUUCUUUGGAAUCAAGGGGGGCAUUUCCCUGUCGUAUUGGGUGGGGAUGAUCUGACGCCAGUAUGUGUUGCCAUGUAGCUGUCAUGUGUUGGCAGCAUCAGUUUGUGCCACUGGAAACUUCUGUAGGCCUCUAAUUCCUACGCCAAGUUAGCAUCGAAGCAAAAAGAAAAAAAUGUUUCAGGAAAACUAAAUGGAAGAUUUUAUUUUUUUGGAAAAUAAAUUCAAUCAAAAUGGAAAGGGAAAAAUGAAGGGUUUGUGGAGAACCUUCCCUUCAGCAAAAUUCCAGUACAAUCUAGAAAAAGACAGGUUCAAAGGGGUUGCAGUGAAUAGAUUGAGCUACAAGACAACAUGGAGGAAGUACGGCUAUACGAACAAUAGGAAAUCUUGUGGGACAAUAGGGACCUUUAAAUGAUUCUUCAAGUUUUUGUUCUUGUUGAAAUUUGAUUCUUCCUGUACUCCUUGACAUGUCGGUGUAUCUUGUGAAUGAGAGAUGGAAAUUUUGAUCUC